AUGUUUCUCAGUAGAUUUAGCCAGGGGUUACACGAAUUACAAACAACUCAAAACUUCUUAGAAGAAAAAUAUCAGAUGGAUGGACAGCAAAAACGACAGAACAAAAACAAACAACAUAUGCUUCAUGAAGCAAUGAAGAAAAACAUGACCAACGAAAUCACUGAUGAAAUUAUCAAUAUAAUGACACAGUGUGUGGCUGAAGUAACAGACAUCAUAUAUCCAGCAAUAAUACAAUAUCAAGACAAAAAAGUAGCUGAGAGAGACAUGGGAGUUGAGGAGGCCAAUGCCAAGAAGUUUGUCUUCAGAGGCAGAAAGAGAACACCCAGCAGAUCACCUGGAUGUGUGAAGAGAGGGAGCAGAGGAGAGCCAACACCACUGUUUUCACAAGAGUCACCUGGCCUGUCUCCAACAAGAAGGCCACUGUCUCUACGCAGAGAGUGUUGGGCAGAAAAUCUGCCAGAGCCUGAACCAGCAGCGGCACUUCCCCAUCACGCUGACAGUAUUUCUAGUUUUUGCAGAACGAGCACAUGCAUGGGAGCUGAAGAUGGCAAAUUGCAAAGCUAUCGCAUUAGGGAAGAUAUUUCUCCUGACUGCAAAAAAGAUUGCCCUAAAACAGGCAUAUUUAGAAAAUUAUUUUCAUUAACCAAUGUCCAGGGAAGAGUGCCAGGUUAUAAGGAACAAGUGCAAUGGGAAGAACAAAUGCCAAGGCAGCGUCGAGUACCUGAGUUUGUACAACCCACAUUAGGGGACAUGAACAACCUGAAUUUUUGCACAGGAGCUCUGGGGCUCAAACCUACAUCCACCAUGGACACAGUAACUAAGCCAAGGGCUGUCCGCUCCAAAAUAACUCAACACCAGACUGACAGGCAGCUUACAGGAAAGUCCUUGUUUUCAUCACACAGAAAGACAUUUCCUGGAAUGGAUGCUGUUUGAAAGAAAUACACGAUGAACUAAGGAGCAAAAUGGUUGCUCAGGACAGUGCACUCCUCGGAAGUAAUUAUUCACGUAUCAGCACAGAUAUAGUUGAUUUAGUGU